AGGCGCAUAACAUAUCCCGUAGCCAUAACAACCUGCAGUAAAUUGUUUCGAAGUCUAUGGAAAACGUCAAUUCCUUAUACCGGACAUGACAGAAAAAAUAAAAUUUGAUAGUUUCACUUAAAACAUUAUUUUGACAAGCAAUUUGUAUAGCUACUAUUAUUUGUACUGAUUUUUUUAACAUUAAUAUGGAUUUCCAAGAGAUGGAUGCUGAGAUAGCACCAGAUGCGAUUGGGGACCAAGUUGUAGACGAGCUGUCAGACUUGGAUAAUUCCACUCCGGAUGAAAGUGAAACUCAGCUGGUCCCGUCCGUGGACGUCCCCGAACCAAUGGCCAACAUGAACAGCGGUGACGGGCUGGGGGUGCAGAAGAUAGAGCCGUUUGCGACGACCAGCAAAUCCAAGCAUCUCACUGUCGCCAGCGAGGCGAAGAAGCAUUCGGCGAUACAAGGAAUACAGGAGUUCGUGAGAAUCCUUCGUCCGCAUCUGCCGAGGAAAUCAAAGAGCAAGGCCUACAAAAUGCUACAGAAUAUCGCAAGAGGGAUCAUUGUGAGCGAGAGUUCUUUCCAGCCGAGGAGGCGUCAGAAGAAGCCGAAGAGGCGCCCGAUCAGGAAGCCCAAGUACCAGCUGCGGAAGAUCAAGGCGAAGUCCACGCGUGGGCGCCGGAGGACCACGCGCAGCCUGUACGAGUCGUCCGAGUCGUCGGAGUCCGACACCUCCUGCCCUCGCUGCGGGUACUCUUGCUGCAGAAUUUCCAGAUUUUGAAUUUUGGAACCCUUUUUACUGUCCCGUAUCGGAAUUUUGUUUCGAGUUUGUAUUGUGUUGGGAUUUUAGAUGUGUAAUUUAAAUUAAUUUAAAUUAUAUUA